AUGUUUUCGAGGGCUUUGAAACAGUCAACCCUUGUGCCCAAAGCGGCCAACAUUUACUCGAGCGCCUCUGCUCUGCGAGCUCGGUCCCUGGCCACUGUGGCAGACAAUACUCCUCGACAGCAACACCUGCCCGUCCACAAGCAGUUCAAAAGCACCCAACCUUCUCGAGAAAGGGCGACUUUCACCAUCCGAAAUGGCCCUAUCUUCGAUGGAAUAUCCUUUGGUGCGCGGAGCAAUGUUUCAGGAGAAGCUGUGUUCACCACCUCUCUUGUCGGAUACCCAGAGUCCCUCACCGACCCCUCCUACCGCGGCCAGAUCUUGGUCUUCACCCAGCCUUUGAUCGGCAAUUACGGUGUUCCAUCCAGUGUCCGUGAUGAGCACGGCCUUCUGAAAUAUUUUGAGAGCCCAAACAUUCAAGCCGUGGGAGUGGUGGUUGCGGAUGUGGCGGAGAGGUAUUCUCACUGGACUGCUGUGGAGAGUCUAAGUGAAUGGUGCGCGAGGGAAGGUGUUCCAGCCAUCAGUGGUGUCGACACCCGAGCCAUUGUGACAUACCUGCGGGAGCAAGGUUCUAGUCUGGCAAGAAUCACCAUUGGAGAGGAAUAUGACCAAGACCAGGACGAGGCUUUCAUUGAUCCUGAGCAGAUCAACCUUGUCCGAAAAGUCAGCACCAAGGCUCCUUUCCAUGUCAGCGCUCCGUCUCCAAACGCCCACGUCGCAGUGAUCGAUUGUGGAGUCAAGGAGAAUAUCCUUCGCAGUCUCGUCAGCCGCGGUGCCAGUGCCACUGUCUUCCCGUUCGACUAUCCCAUCCACAAGGUUGCCCACCACUUCGAUGGUGUCUUCAUCUCCAACGGUCCUGGUGACCCGACCCACUGCCAAGAUACCGUCUACCACCUCCGAAAGUUGAUGGAGACGUCUCAAGUCCCUAUCAUGGGCAUCUGUUUGGGUCACCAGCUGCUCGCUUUGGCUGCCGGAGCCAGAACCAUCAAGCUCAAGUAUGGCAACCGAGCACAUAACAUCCCAGCCCUGGACCUUACGACCGGGAAAUGUCACAUUACCAGCCAGAACCAUGGAUAUGCCGUUGAUGCAGCAACCUUGCCAAAGGGCUGGAAGCCUUACUUCCUCAACCUAAACGACAACUCUAACGAAGGUCUGAUCCACGAAUCCCGUCCCAUUUUCUCCACGCAGUUCCAUCCGGAAGCCAAGGGUGGCCCGCAAGACUCGUCGUACUUGUUCGACAUGUACCUGGACAAUGUACAGAAGUACAGGGAGAGCCAGGCGGCGUCUCAGCCUUACCGGGAUAGCAAGCCGAGUCCAUUGCUGGUCGAUCUCCUGGCGAAGGAGAGAGUGGGCGUUGAUUUGACCCAAGGCAUCCAGAACAUGAUGGCCUCAACCACGCAGGAACCUGAGCGCGUGUACGCGGCUGGUGCAGCAUAA